CCUCGCUAUACCGCACUCUACGACAGUUUUGGCAGAAUAAAAGCUGAGGAUGCCGCAUCUUUCCCGCAUUGCUCGUCGUGAUUCAGCGGCUUGGACCACAAUCUCCGCGCCCGGCUCCUCCUCUCCACCACAAUCCUUCGACCCCGUCACUCGGUAACCAGGGCCGUACUGAACAUGGUGCGAACACCUCGACGACACGGUAUCACCCUGCAACCUCCGAUCCUGCAGGACCUGCAGCGCGGGAGCCAGGGUCCCACAUGUUGGUGCAAUUUUGACAGUAGUAUUGUAUCAUGCAAUUGGUCUGUGAUGGCCGCACCACAACGUCGUCGGGGAGGUUCCAUGCUGGAGGAGCUACUACCAAGUUUACUCAUCCUCAAGGGCCUGGAGUCUGGGGAUAUCUCGAAGAAAGACGCCGAGCUCAGUCGCACGCUUCACGGGGUACAGCAUGAACGACGGCCGAGAACGAUACCGCCCCGGAGGCCUCGUCGCGUAUCCAACGCAGUGGUGACGCAACGCAUCACCAACGGCAGGCCCUUUCGCUUCUUCGAACUACCGCAGGAAAUCAGGGAUGAAGUCUACUCACACCUCGUGGUGCGCAGGACAUCGCGCUCUUUACCCAUACUCGACGCAACGACCAUACUCAAUGACCGGAAGAAACGCUUAGCCGCACUCAAGUCACGAGAACGACUGAACCAACGGCGACUUUCGACAGGAAAACGCCCAGUAUGUCCCCGGACAGCCGAACCAGAGCCGCUUCUUCACCUAGAACUCCUCAGAGCAUCUCAAAGACUAGCCGGCGAAGCAACAGACUGCAUGUACACCAACAACUGGUUUGCCAUCUCCCUCAAUAAACUCCCAGUUCCGACCUACGAGAUCCCACACGGCUGGGACCUUUCACGCGUCAAACGCCUACAAGUGGAACUUCAGCUGAAAGACGCUAUACGAAUGAACCGAUACGUCGACUGGGCUUCUUUCUUCUCCGCGCUCCCCUCAUUACAAUUUCUCCGCAUCGUCCCCACGCUCCAUACCCGGUACUACGAAUGGUCGCAUCCAGAAUUCCAUGAAUGGUCAACCACCCCAUUUGUCCACAAGGCCUUUUUUCGGGAACUACUAGCCGCUAUACCGGCCUAUGUAGAUCUGAAGAUCGGCCGAGCGAUGGGAGAUGCGAGCGAUGACGUACAGAUGCAAGGAGAAGUCUUUCUGCAUCGAAAGUAUCUUUGGGACAUGUAUGCGGAGUUGGGGAGUAGGACGGAUGGCGCGGGUAGGCGGAUCGGAGUGGAGAGGAUUGUAUCAUAGCAUGAUGACGGAGUUAUUCUGCAUUUACGAAAAGCGUAUGUAUAUUAUGGGUCUUAUCUAUUUCUGCGCGGGAGCCUAUAGUUUUGUUUU